GGACAGUGUCAUCUCUAACAUUUACGACGUGUUGACCGGGAAAAAAUCAAAAGAAGCCAGCAAUUGCUUUUAAACCACGAACCGCUGAACAAGUACGGAGUUUGUAAAAUACUUAAUAUUAGCUAAGUCCGUGCGAGCGUAGCCAAACAAGGAAACUAAUUCCAACGCUGCCGUGACACAAACUUCCGUACGAAAUUGAAAGUCAAAUGAAUUCUGUACAAAACUGUGUGUGUGCGUGUAAUUCAAGCGUCAAUUUGUCGAUGAUAAAAUUUGCCUGCGCCUAAUGUACACAUGUCUGCGUCUUCGUUGAGCAUAUGAGCCUGUGAAUGUGUGCGUAUCGGUGUGAGCGUCGAGCAUAAGAAAGCAGCACAAAACAACAACAACGGCAGCAGCAGUAACAACAACAGCAAGAAGGCAACGACGCUAAGAGAAAGAGAGAAGGAAGGGAAGAGCAGAGCAUAAUCGGACUCCAUUUUACAAGGCGAAAAAAGGAGUAGGAAAGAGCGCACCAUGGCCAGUUUCCAGAUCCACCAAGACAUGAGCAACAAGGAGAAUCCGGGCAUUAAGAUUCCGGCCGGAGUGAAGAACACCAAGCAGCCGCUGGCCGUAAUUGGGGGAAAAGCGGAGAAAAAUGCGCUUGCGCCGCGGGCCAAUUUCGCCGUGCUCAAUGGCAACAACAAUGUGCCGCGUCCGGCCGGGAAAGUUGUCUUCCGUGACGUCAGAAAUCUUAAUGUUGAUGAGAAUGUGGAGUACGGCGCCAAGAAAUCGAAUGUGGUGCCCGUGGUGGAGCAAUUCAAGACCUUCUCCGUGUAUGAGGACAACAACGAUACCCAGGUUGCGCCAUCCGGCAAAUCCCUGGCCUCCCUAGUCGACAAAGAGAACCAUGACGUGAAAUUCGGUGCUGGGCAGAAGGAGCUGGUAGACUACGAUCUGGAUUCAACACCCAUGUCCGUGACGGAUGUUCAGUCCCCCAUGUCCGUGGACCGCUCCAUUCUCGGUGUCAUACAGUCCAGUGAUAUCAGCGUGGGCACUGAAACGGGAGUCUCGCCAACUGGAAGAGUCAAGGAGCUUCCGCCGCGCAACGAUCGCCAGCGGUUCCUGGAAGUGGUUCAGUACCAGAUGGACAUUCUGGAAUAUUUCCGGGAGAGCGAGAAGAAACAUCGCCCCAAGCCACUCUAUAUGCGCAGACAGAAGGACAUUAGCCACAAUAUGCGCUCCAUCCUUAUUGAUUGGCUGGUUGAGGUUUCCGAGGAGUACAAACUGGACACGGAGACGCUCUAUCUCUCGGUCUUUUAUCUAGAUCGAUUUUUGAGCCAAAUGGCGGUGGUGCGCUCCAAGUUACAGCUGGUGGGCACGGCAGCUAUGUAUAUUGCCGCAAAAUACGAGGAAAUCUAUCCCCCAGAGGUCGGUGAGUUUGUCUUCCUCACCGACGACAGUUACACCAAGGCGCAGGUGCUACGCAUGGAGCAGGUUAUCUUGAAGAUUCUCUCCUUCGAUCUGUGCACACCGACUGCUUACGUCUUCAUCAACACCUAUGCUGUACUUUGCGACAUGCCUGAGAAGCUGAAGUACAUGACGCUGUAUAUUUCCGAGUUGUCGCUCAUGGAGGGAGAAACGUACUUGCAAUAUUUGCCAUCACUUAUGUCAUCCGCUUCAGUCGCACUGGCGCGUCACAUUUUGGGCAUGGAGAUGUGGACGCCAAGGCUGGAGGAGAUCACGACUUACAAGCUGGAGGACCUAAAAACGGUUGUGUUGCAUCUGUGUCACACCCACAAAACGGCAAAGGAGCUCAACACGCAGGCCAUGCGGGAAAAGUACAAUAGAGACACUUACAAGAAGGUGGCUAUGAUGGAAUCCGUUGAGAUGAGCAAGGACGACUUCGAUCAGCUCUGUGAGGCUUACAAUUGCAAGCAGAAAGAGGAUGAGCACCAGCAGCCGGAUAUUAAUACUAAAUCGAACGUGAAUUUGUUUUAUAAGUUUUAAGUGUUUUGAGCCGCUGUCAUGGCCAAAUUGUAUAUUAGUUUAGUGUUUCCAUGUAACAUUAUGUAGUUUUAGUUAUAAGUGUACACAAUGGAUCAAUUGCAGUUCGGUCGCAGUCAGCCAGUCGUAUAAAAGCUUCGCAUUGGUUGGCCGAUUGACAAGCUCCCGUUGCAAGUGCCGGACAAUUUUAUAUGUAAGCCAUAUAAAAGAUAGUUGCCAAAAUAUACGCGCUUAACAACAUUCGCGUCUGUCCACGGUGAGAGCUUGUCAUGCCAAGCGGGAGCAGUAAGAACUUCGGCAGUCUUAAAAACUAUCCGAUUAGCCAAUUGAAAUUGGAGGAAGCCACCGGACACAACAUAUUAGUGCUGCUUAUGCUAACGAUAUUUUAUAUUUCAACCUCUUUAUGUUAAGUAUGUAUGUUUUCGUGUUUAUAAAUUGAACCAUACUAACGUAUACAAUGUGUCUAAAGCAGAAACAGCUAGCUUCGAGAAUUAUUUUACCAUAUUUAUAUAUUACUAUUUACUCCGUAAAUGUUCUGUGAACUCCAAAACAAAUAUAUACACAAUUUUAACAAAAGACACCAACCGCCCAGCCAGGACGGAAUAAAAAACUCACACUGAUCGUGCUCAGAACGGCAGGCAGCCGUGGAAUGUUGCUAAACUCUUGUUCUUGUAAUCUUGUAAUCUUAUACGCUUACUAAAUGUUUACUAAACUUAGUCUAGACCAUCUUGCGACCACAUAUGUAGCUAGAAUAGAGCGCUGCCGAAAUGCGUACAGCCAGAUGAUGGGUCUUACUUUACACUUAGGUUUAUGCUAACUAAUCCAUUUAGUUUGAUAAUUCCAUUGACCAUCGCAUCGAGUGUUUUGUGCUCGCCAGCCGAAUAUUACCUAAAUAUCCAAUAUUAAGAAUUCAAUAAAACUUUGAAAGAUGCAAGC